UGUUACCGUGCACCUAAUUUAAUCCUGCCCGCCAUCUCUCUCUCUCUCUCUCGCUCGCUUGUAGCGCAGGUGCCCAUCAAUAAUAUACCUGAAGAACCUUUGCUUCGAUGCUAUAAAAGGCCACGGCGGCCACCUCUUCCUCUCUCGAUAUCUCUCUCUCUCUCGUCGAAAGAGAGAGAUAUUUUCUCUGCCACGUCUAUUUUAUCUGGGCCCUUUUCUUUGAGUUUGGGUGUAAGGGUUUGGGUUAGGGCUAGGGUUUUGGGCCGAGAGAUGUGGGAUGCUUGGAUCGCUUAUGAGGUUGCUGUCGACGUGCUGGUGCCCACCCGGCCGUAGCAGUACUGGUGGAGAUAUUGAUGAUGAUGGUCAGGAGGGGCUGCUGUGGUUCCGGGACAUUGGGCAGUGUGCCGGUGGGGAUUUCUCAAUGGCAGUGGUGCAGGCAAAUCAGGUGCUGGAAGAUCAGAGUCAGAUCGAGUCAGGGCCAUUUGGCACUUUCGUCGGUGUAUACGAUGGACACGGCGGGCCAGAUGCGGCGCGCUACGUUUGUGACCAUCUCUUCAGGAACUUCCGAGAGAUUUCGUCUGUAUCUGGGAGUGUGACGAGUGAUGAAAUCCGGAGGGCUUUUUUAGCUACAGAAGAAGGAUUUAUAGCACUUGUUUCACAACUGUGGAACUCUCGGCCUCACUUAGCAACUACUGGCUCCUGCUGUCUCGUUGGAUUUAUCAGUCAGGGGACUCUCUUUGUUGCAAAUAUAGGUGAUUCCCGUGCUGUACUUGGGAGGAAGAUUGGUAGCACUAGCGGUAUUGCUGCCAUUCAGCUGUCUACUGAACACAAUGCUAACGUUGAAGCUGUGAGGCAGGAACUGAAGGCACAGCAUCCAGACGACCCACAGAUUGUUGUUUUUAGACAUGGUGUUUGGAGGGUCAAAGGCAUCAUUCAGGUUUCUAGGUCUAUUGGUGAUGCAUACAUGAAAUUUGCACAGUAUAACAGGGAACCAAUCAACGAGAAGUUCAGAAUUUCUGAACCACUGAAGAUGCCAAUCAUGACUGCAAAUCCAGCCAUUUUAUGCCAUUCUAUUCAAACAAGUGAUUCUUUUUUAAUAUUUGCAUCGGAUGGCUUAUGGGAACAUCUGAGUAAUGAGAAGGCUGUUGAAAUUGUUCACAAUCACCCCCAUGCAGGAAGUGCCAAAAAGCUGAUCAAAGCAGCUCUCCAGGAAGCUGCUAGGAAAAGAGAGAUGCGCUAUGCUGAUCUGAAAAGAAUCGAUAAGAAGGUUCGAAGGCACUUCCAUGAUGAUAUUACUGUCAUCAUAAUAUUCCUGAACCAUGAUCUUCUGGCCAAAGGUUUCGCUCAAAUGUCCACGCUAUCAGUCAGGAGUGCCCUGGAACACUAGUUCUCCUCAUAUGCAAGAGUUGUACAUUAUACUAAAUGCGGAAGAACGAUCAAGAGAGUGAUUGGAGGGAGGGAUAAUAAGUGGAACUGCCUUUGAAGUUAUGGAAUAUGGCAGAACACAGCUCACUUUGGUUUGUUGGUUCGAAUCUUGUGUGUAUGAUGUGUGAGAGUCGGCCUUAAUUGGCCUAAAUGUUAAAAAAAAAAAAGAAAGAGAAGAAAAUGGCAGAACCUUUGAUCAGUAAAAGGAUUUUGGAAUUUUGUAAAAAGGAAGGGUGGUGUUUUAGUUGGAGGUAUUACUUCUCAUAAUAUCUCUUAUAAUUCUAUUAAAUGUUCCAUACGAGUUAAUUUGAUUUUAUCUCAAAA